UGGGUGUGUUUCCAGUGCUUCUGACAGCAAAGACUGGUUACAAAAGAACUUUGGAGAGUUCCUCAACUAUGCCACCUUGACAGAGCUCACAGAUCUAUAUGCAAAUUUGUCCACCUUCGAAUCUUUGGAUCUGCUGACCCCUAGCCAAGCAGCUGAACUCACUCUGACUUCUGGAGCACUGAACAGCACAAGUCAAAUCGACCAAGUGUUCAACCGACUAGACAAUGGCGAUGCUUUCGGGAACCUGGAUGAGUUUCUCACAGCCCUCACUGAUCGUAAGGUCGACCAAAUAAUCCCUGUUGUGAGAGAUGUGAUGAUGAAUCGAACCUUCCAGAUCAUCAGCACAGAAUUCCCAGAGUUUGAGACCUCUGACUGGAUAGACUGGUUUGAUGUCAAGCUAGUCCCUAUCCUUCCCAGUUUCACUGCUGAGAUGCUAGCGGUGGCCAUCAACCACACCAACUGCACCAACUACCGAGUAAUUGUUUCAGGAAUGAGCAAGGUGUUCUUUAAAAUGACUGCCAGCAGGAGGGAGGAAAUAACUAAAGUUUUAUUCAAUUUCCUGAAGGAUUUUGCUGAAAAGCUCAACACACCAAUUUGCAGAAGAAGUAUUCACAAUGACUCUCAGUGGUUGACUGUCAACUUGGGUUCGUUCUCUACAAUAGCAGACUACUCAGAUCUUAAAGAACUCAACAUUUCCUCGGUGGCAGUUCUGGAAUCCCUUUCUCCAGCACAGAAAGCAGAGCUGAUUCUUGAUCCAACCAGUGGGGCUCUAGAGAAUGAGACGUUGGUAACGGAGGUGAUGAUUGAAGUUUUGUCAUCGUCAGGAGAGGAGCAGCUCGAUAUGUUCUUUGAGACUUUUGUCAACGUCACCAAAAAGAUGAAUCUUACUAGCCUUCCUCAAGCAGUGUCAGAUACAAUUCUGAAUUUGACAAUGGAUGCUCUGGUGCCCCGCUUCCAGACCUUCACUCAACAGGACUUUACCCUGUGGUUCCAGAGCUAUCUCCUUAUAUUUCUUCCUAGGAUUGGGACAAACACCCUUUCAGUCAUCCCCAAGAACAUCAGCUGCGACUCCUAUCGAGAAAUAGUAAAAGGGUUCAAUAAUGUGUACAGUGACCUCUCAAUCACACAGUCUGGACAGAUCUUCAGUUUCAUACAAGACUACCUUCAGUACAACUCUGGUAAAGAAUCACUUGGUCUGAGUUGCUAUAGUGGCGGGAGCUUCUUUGUCUUCCUCAAGAGCUUCUUCCUCAGUUUUGGGUUUCCUGACCUGAGUGGAGUUCUGUCCAUCAUCCCGGCCAACCGACAGAAAGAGCUGUUGGGAUCCAUCUCUCCAGGAGAACUGAGCCAGUUUCUGAAUGGGACGAACACAGUGGGUAACGGGUCAGAUCUCUGCACAUUCCUCAACAACUACAACAGUAUUGACCAGUACCUGGAGAAGGAGCCGGUUGUAUCUGCAGCUGUGGGCAGGCAGACGUUGGCAUGUGUUUGGUCUCGUGCUCUCAGUGCUUCGUCUCAGGAUGAGGUGGAUCAGUGGUUUAAUGUCAGACUGGGUCGGUACCUGCCCUUCCUCACCUCUCAGCUCAUCAACUCCACUCAACUCAGCGGCGCCUCCUGCCUGUCCUACAGGAAACUGGUUUCAGUUCUGGGGAGCAACUAUAAUUUCUCAGGCACUGAUUUCACCCCAGCUGAUGUCUACAGCUCUAUAAAGUCUUAUCUGAACAGCAGUGAUGGAUCUCCACGCUGUUAUAACCCCUCUGAUCCCCUUCUGAACUCCACUGCCUGGUUUUCUAACAACAUUGGAUUCUUCAUCACCUUCAUCACCCUCACUGACCUCCAGUCCUUUGUAUCAGAGGACAAGAUCGGUGUGUUCCUGGAAAACCCACAGAAUCUCCAGCUGUUUAACAACUCAGCAAUUUCAGUCGACGUCACCAAAUACUACAGCUCCCAGUUAUUUAUCCAGAACCCCGCCAUUGACCUAUUCAGGUUGCCAGCUGGGCUUUUGUGUGGAGCUCCUGGAUCAGCUUUUGUGUCUCUUGGAGCUAUAAACAGUCAGAACAUUUUGGAGAUCAUCAACAAGUUCUGCAGUGGAAUUGAUCCAGAGGUCUCAGCAGCACUAGUCACAAACUUCCCCACUAUAUCCACCUCCACCAUCCAGACACUUGGAAACCAGAGUGUUGGUCUGACACAGGGUCAGAUAUCCACUCUGACCCCCACUGUGAUUAACAGCACUCUGCCUACACUCAGCACCGUCACAGGCUGGAACCAGGGUCAGGCCAAUGCCCUCAUCAAAAUCAUCAUUAAUGCAGGAUUCAAGAUCAACAGCACCUCUUCUCUGUUGACUCUGGGAACACUUAUCGGGGGCGUUCCCUCUGCAACCAUCAAGAACAUUGCAGCCGAUCAGCUUCUGACUGCAUCCCAAGAUCCAACCUUCAUCAGCAACAUUCUGACAACACCAGCGAUACUACAAGCGAUAUUCACAUACAAGAUCAUCUCUGUGGACAAGACUAAUGUGGUGCAGAAUGUUCCAGAUGCUUUGGCAGCAUAUGUUCCCCCAGUGCUGCUGACAAACCUGAAAUCUGUUGAUGUUACACUGAUCAAUAACAAGAGCUGGAGUCAACAGCAGGCUACUGUGCUGUUUGGAGCAGUUUCUAAAUCCACAGUUGAUACAGAAGUGCUGUCAGAGUCUGUACUGCAAGGAUUUACCUGUAGCUCAGUUAAGACUCUAUCACUUGGGAGGGUCAAACAACUGGUGAAAGCCUGUAGACCACGGACAGGCAGGAAAAAGGUCGUCCUGAAAGAGUCCCAGCUGACCUGCAUGUACAACGCUGUGAAAUAUGACACAACUCUGAGCUUCACUGACGUACCUUCAGACAUGCUGCUCUACUACAGUUAUGAUAAGGUGCCAAAGGUGAACUGCAGGUCGUACUUCAGUGCUCUGGGUUCAGCAGAUUUCUCAGUUCUUUCCAGCGUUCUCAACAAACAGUCCGUCUUAUUCAGCAACGCUCAGAACUGCCUGGGUAUAUCUGGGUUUAAUCUGAGCAAGGAUCAGGUGGGGGUUCUGGGUAAUAUGAUCUGCACACUGAACCCAUCCUACAUCCAGAACUCUGAUCCACUCAUCCUGGAGAAUCUGAAGAACUGUGGAGAUCUUUCUGACGCUCAGGUCACCGCCAUACAGACACUGAUAUUCUCUGGAAACACUCAGUAUGGUAACCCAUCAGCGUGGAAUCUGCAGACCCUUCAAAAGCUGGGAAUCCUCCCCCUCUAUUUCAAACAAGACUUCUGGGCUAAGUUUAGCUUUUCUGUAAGGAAAAGGUAUUACAGAUCAUUCAUGCUGUCCUUGAGGAAGAACAAGACUCCAAAGUGGAAACUGAGACGACUGUUCAGAUCAUCCACAGCUACCGAUUACAAGCAUUCUGCAGCCUGUACUGUCGGAAACAUCACGGCCGUGACGAUUGCUGAUGAUUCGUUCCCUUACGGCUACGACUCCAUCCAGUUUGAUUUGUGUCUGGAUGUUACUGUACUAAAUGAGAACCUGGCAUCCGUUACUGAGAAAGUGGUGGAUGAAAGUUACCAGAUGAUCAUUUUGGACAAACUGAACCAGCUUUACCCAUCAGGUCUUCCAGAGAGUGUAGUACAGUUACUGGGCUCCACUUCCCGUGUAGCCAAUGUUAGUGACAUCAGCAAGUGGAACAUCACCACAAUUGAUACCCUGUCCUCACUGAUGAACUCAGAUAAUGGAGACUGGACUUCAGAACAGAGUAAAGCAGUGAUUACGAAGUAUCUUAAAGUGGGGAACACUCUGGGAACUGAUGAAUUUAAUGCGAUCGGCUCCAACCUCUGUUCUUUGGACGUCAGCGUCCUCCAAACUAUCAAUGCUGUGAAUGUGGAGAAUGCAUUGACACUGGAUGUGUCCUCAUGCUCUAUUGGUCAGAAAUCAGCUCUGUACAACAUCACCAAACACUCAUUCAACAGCCUGCUCAGUGACCCCACAACGUUCUACUUCCUCAUCAGCCCUUACCUGGGUGGAGCUCCUGUGGAGGACAUACAAACUCUUUCUACUCUGAACAUCAGCAUGGACAUCACCACCUUCUCUAGCCUGAACCCUGAUGUUAUUAUGGCCCUGAGUGUGAGCACAGUGCAGAAUCUGAUGGGGGAGAACAUUGCUGAUCUGAAGCUGUUUGAGAACUCGACAGUGGUUCAGGAGUGGGCAGCCCAGCAGAAACAGUCUGAUUUGAAUACCCUGAAUAUUGGUCUGGUCAACACUACAAUCAGUUCUGCUGCAACCGUUACCCCUACAGUCCCCUCCUCCGUUACCCCCACAAACCCCUCCUCCGUUACCCCCACAAACCCCUCCUCCAUUACCUCCACAAUCCCCUCCUCUGUUACCCCCACAAUCAACUCCUCCUUUACCCCCACAAUCCCAUCUUCCUUUACCCCCACAAUCAACUCCUCCUUUACCCCCACAAUCAACUAUUCCUUUACUCCCACAAUCAACUCCUCUGUUACCCCCACAAUCAACUCCUCCAUUACCUCCACAAUCAACUCCUCCAUUACCCCCACAAUCCCCUCUUCCUUUACCCCCACAAUCAACUCCUCCUUUACCCCCACAAUCAACUCUUCCUUUACCCCCACAAUCAACUCCUCUGUUACCCCCACAAUCAACUCCUCUGUUACCCCCACAAUCAACUCCUCCAUUACCCCCACAAUCCCCUCUUCCUUUACCCCCACAAUCAACUCCUCCUUUACCCCCACAAUCAACUCUUCCUUUACUCCCACAAUCAACUCCUCUGUUACCCCCACAAUCAACUCCUCUGUUACCCCCACAAUCAACUCCUUUACCCCCACAAUCAACUCCUCUGUUACCCCCACAAUCAACUCCUCCAUUACCUCCACAAUCAACUCCUCCAUUACCCCCACAAUCAACUCCUCCAUUACCCUCACAAUCAACUCCUCCAUUACCUCCACAAUCAACUCCUCCAUUACCUCCACAAUCACCCCCUCCACAAAUAUCAAUGCAGCUAGCAUCACUACGCCUGGUGUUAUUAGCUCUGUUCCCACAACACCAGAGAACCCUUGUGAAGGUGUAAACAGCAGUCAACAGCUUGAAAAUCAGGUCGGAUCUGGAGGUUUGACUACAGUGCUCUGCAACUUCACCAUAUCUGAUUUUGCCUGUUCAUCAGUUACUGCACUUUCCUCCAAUGAUCUGGCCACACUUCUGAAAUGCAAUCUGAUUAAAAACGAAAGUUACUCCAAGGGCGUCUGGGUGCUCUUCAUUCAGAGGUUUUCAACAUCUCUGGACGAAGCUCUGGAUUACUACUCUAGCAUGACCCUCAACACCAGUCAGCCUGAUCCAUAUGUUCUUGACGCCAUUGGAGAAGUGAUAGUCAACAACUUCAGUGCUGCACAGCUUACAGAUACUGUGUUCAUCACUACAUGGUUCCAGGUCAAACUCAGACCAUUCUUGCCAACAGUGUCCACACAAUUCCUUACCAUUCUCAGUUCCAAGAACUUCAGCUGCCAGACCUUCCGAGUUGUGUUGGAGGCAUUUGGCACAGAAGAACCACUGAUGAAAACGAAUCAGAAAAGCUCAAUCGUUACUGAUUUCAUCAUUCCUUUCCUAUCGAGAUCUGAUCUUUCAGAUCCCGGGUGCAUUUCCAGUACUUCUGGAAGCAGUGACUGGCUAGUAAAGAACUUUGGCAAGUUCUUCAGCUUUGCCAAAUUGGAAGAUCUUCAAAUUUUAAAUAAAAAUUUCUCCAGCUUUGGAUCUUUGGAUCUGCUGACCCCAAGCCAAGCAGCUGAACUCACUCUGACCUCUGGAGCACUGAACAGCACAAGUCAGAUCGACCGAGUGUUUAAUAGACUAGAGACUGGAGAUGCUUUCAACAACGUGGAUGAAUUUUUAACAGCGCUCUCUGAUCUGAAGGUCGACCAAAUAGUUCCUGCUGUGAGAGAUGUGAUGAUGAAUAGAACCUUCCAGAUCAUCAGCACAGAAUUCCCACAGUUUAAGACCUCUGACUGGAUGAAGUGGUUUGACAUCAAGCUGAUUCCUGUCCUUCCCAGUUUCACUGCAGAGAUGCUAGUGACCACCAUCACCAACACUAACUGCACCAACUACCGAGUGAUUGUUGAGGGAUUGAGCAGUGUUUCUGUGAAAAUGCCAGAAACUAGAAAACAGGAACUUGUGGAUGUUCUGGUGGCCCACCUUAAGAAAUCUCUGCAACAGUUUAAUCAACCAGCCUGCAAAGAGAACAUCAAGACAGAUUCAGACUGGCUCACUGUUAACCUUGGCCAGUUCUCCAACUACUUGUCCAACUUUCAGCUCAGAGAAUUCAACAUUUCUGGGGUGGCAGUGUUAAACUUACUGACUGGUGAACAGAAAGCGGAGCUGAUCCUGCAGUCGGGUUCAGGACUGAUGGGAAAUGAGUCUGUGGUUAGAGAGGUCUUCAACAGUGUGCUCAGGUCUUCAGAUACAAAGCAACUGGAUAUCUUCUUUACUACCUUCAACCAGAAUGCAGGACAGAUAAACGUGACCAGCGUUCCUCCAGUGGUGUCACAGACGAUUCUAAACAUGACUCUGGAGUCUCUGGUGUCCCGCUUCCAGACCUUCAGUCCACAGAACUUUACCCUGUGGUUCCAGACCUAUCUCCGCCUCUUCCUUCCUGGGAUUGGUCCAAACACCCUGUCAGUCAUCCCCAGGAACAUCAACUGUGACUCCUACAGAGAAAUAGUGAAGGGGUUUGAUAAUGUGUACAGUGAUCUCUCUGCACUGCAGUCCAAGACUGUCUUCAGCUACACAAAGGACUACCUCGUGUACCAGUCCAGCCAAGGUCAGUCCUGUGUGCAGUCAGUGAGCAAUGAUUCUGAUUGGCUGGUGAAGAACUUUGGUCGAUUUAGGAGUUUUGCCUCGUUCUCUGAUUUCAUCAGUCUGAAGAAGGACUUCUAUGGAGUAAAUGCAGCAGAGGAUCUAACUCCAUCCCAGCUGGCAGAAGUUUGUUCCGAACCCUCUCAACUCCAUGGUCCACAGGAUGUAAACACUGUGAUGGCGGCCAUUGACCCCAACCAAUUCACCUCAUUCUUCAACAUCCUCACUCCCAACAUCCUGCUAAAUGAAUCCCGGUACUCCAGUGAUGUGAAGAAAGCAUUCCUCCAGAACAUCCUGCAGAGAGGGGGACUGUCCUCUGCAGCAGUGCCUGAUUCAGAAGUUCUGCAGUGGGUAAAUGUUCUGCUCAGUCCCUUCCUCUCCAGCCUCUCCUCUGCAGAUGUGACACCGUACUUCAACAUUAUCAGAAACCGGUCCUGCAACACCAGCCAGACAGCAGUCAGCAAGUUAAACUCUCUGAAAUCAGCUUUCAACGACAACACACAGGUUCAGAUCUUCAACAGCAUCCAGCAGCUUCUCACUGGUCCGAAUGGUCUGCGUUGCUAUAGUGGCGGGAGCUUCUUUGUCUUCCUCAAGAGCUUCUUCCUCAGUUUUGGGUUUCCUGACCUGAGUGGAGUUCUGUCCAUCAUCCCGGCCAACCGACAGAAAGAGCUGUUGGACUCCAUCUCUCCAGGAGAACUGAGCCAGUUUCUGAAUGGGACGAACACAGUCGGUAACGUGUCAGAUCUCUGCACGUUCCUCAACAACUACAACAGUAUCGACCAGUACCUGGAGAAGGAGCCGGUUGUAUCUGCAGCUGUGGGCAGGCAGACGUUGGCAUGUGUUUGGUCUCGUGCUCUCAGUGCGUCGUCUCAGGAUGAGGUGGAUCAGUGGUUUAAUGUCAGACUGGGUCGGUACCUGCCCUUCCUCACCUCUCAGCUCAUCAACUCCACUCAGCUCAGCGGCGCCUCCUGCCUGUCCUACAGGAAACUGGUUUCAUUUCUGGGGAACAACUAUAAUUUCUCAGGCACUGAUUUCACCCCAGCUGAUGUCUACAGCUCUAUAAAGUCUUAUCUGAACAGCAGUGAUGGAUCUCCACGCUGUUAUAACUCCUCUGAUCCCCUUCUGAACUCCACUGCCUGGUUUUCUAACAACAUUGGAUUCUUCAUCACCUUCAUCACCCUCACUGACCUCCAGUCCUUUGUAUCAGACAGCAAGAUCGGUGUGUUCCUGGAAAACUCUGAGAACAUCCAGCUGUUCAACAAUUCAAAAAUUCCAGCCAAUGUGACGCAAUACUACAGCUCCCAGUUAUUCACCCAGAACCCUGCCUACAACCCACUCAGUUUGCAAGAUGUGCUCUUGUGUGGAGCUCCUGGAUCUGCGUUUGUUUCUCUUGGAGCUUCAGAUAGCCAGAACAUCCUGUCCAUGAUCACAGAAUUCUGCAGUGAAAUUGAUCCAGAGGUCACAGCAGCUUUGGUGGCAAACUUCCCCACUAUUUCCACAACCACCAUCCAGACACUUGGAAACCAGAGCGUUGGUCUGACACAGGGUCAGAUAUCCAGUGUUUCCCCCAGUAUCAUUAACAGCACUCUGCCCACUCUCAGCAUCGUCCCUGGCUGGAACCAGGGUCAGGCCAAUGCCCUCAUCCAGAGCAUCACUGGUGCAGGAUACAAAAUUGACACUGGUUCCUCUCUGGUGACUCUGGGCACCCUCAUUGGAGGCGUUCCCUCAACAACCAUCUCCAGCAUCCCACCCACUCAGCUUCUGACUGUAUCCCAGAAUCCAACAUUCAUUACCAACAUUCUGUCAGCACCAGUGAUUCUACAGGAGACCUACGUCCAGCAGAUCAUUUCUGUAGAUCAGACCAAAGUGGUGGAGAAUGUUCCGGAUGCUCUGGCAUCAUUUAUCCCACCUGUGCUUCUGUCGUCUCCAACCUCUGUUAACGUGACGCUCAUCAACAAGAAGAGCUGGAAACAAGAGCAGGCUUUGGUGUUGUUCGGUCCGGUCGCCAGUGCCAGUGACAAUACAGAAGAGCUGUCAGAGUCAGUACUGCAGGGAUUCACCGGGAGCUCAGUACAGACUUUAUCACAGAAGAAGAUCAGACAGCUGGUGAAAGCCUGUAGACCACGAACAGGCAGGAACAAGGUCGUCCUGAAAGAGUCUCAGCUAACCUGCAUGUACAACUAUGUGAAAGAGGACAUAACUCUGAACUUCACUGACCUACCUUCUGACCUGCUGCUCUACUACAGCUACGAUAAGGUUCAGUCGGUGAACUGCAGGUCGUACUUCAGUGCUCUGGGUUCAGCAGAUUUCUCAGUUCUUUCCAGCGUUCUCAACAAACCAUCCGUCUUAUUCAGCAACGCUCAGAACUGCCUGGGUAUAUCUGGAGGUAGGCUGAGCAGGGAUCAGGUGGGGGUUCUGGGUAAUAUGAUCUGCACACUGAACCCAUCCUACAUCCAGAACUCUGAUCCACUCAUCCUGGAGAAUCUGAAGAACUGUGGAGAUCUUUCUGACUCUCAGGUCACCGCCAUACAGACACUGCUAUUCUCUGGAAACACUUCAUACGGGAAUCACUCAACAUGGACUCUGGACACUCUGAACCAGUUGGGCAGCCUUCCCCUCUACUUCAAACGAGACUUCUGGGAAAUCUUUAGCUCUACCACAAAGAGAACGUAUCUGAAGUCAUUCAUUCAAGUGUUGAAGAAGCAGAAGAUCUCGAUCGUGAAGCUCAGGAAAUUCUUCACAGAGUUCAGCUAUAAUUUAAAAAUCACCGGACGCGCAGCAGCAGUUUGCACUACAGGAAACAUCACAGAGGCGACGAUUGCAGAUCCAUCAUUUCCUUUUGGCUACGACUCCACUCAGUUUGCUGCAUGUCUGGACAUCACUGUCCUGAGGGACAACCUGGCGUCCAUCACUGAUAAAGUGGUGGACACCAGCUUCCAGGCCAUCAUCUUGAACAAGUUAAACCAGCUGUACCCAUCAGGUCUUUCAGACAGUGUGGUGCAGGUUCUGGGUUCCACGUCCCGCGCAGCCACUGUUUCCGACAUCAGCAAGUGGAACGUCUCCACGAUCGACACGCUGUCCUCACUGAUGAACACCGUUAACGGAGGCUGGACUUCAGAACAGAGUAAAGCGGUGAUUAUGAGGUAUCUCAGUGUGGUUAAUAACACUCUGGGAACUGCUGAACUAAAUGCGAUUGGAAGUAACCUCUGUUCCCUGGAUGCUGGAGUCCUCAAAACCAUCAGUGCUGAUAGUCUGAGGAAAGCAAAUUCUAUGACAGUAUCCUCCUGUACAGCAGAUCAGAAAUCAGCUCUGUACAGCAUCGCCAACUCCUCCUUCAGCAGCCAACGCAGCGUCCCCACAACCUUCUACCUGCUCAUCAGCCCUUACCUAGGUGGCGCUCCGGUGGAGGAUAUACGAGCUCUUUCCGCUCUGAACAUCAGCAUGGACAUCGCCACCUUCAAGAGCCUGAGUCCUGCGGUUCUCCCGGCUCUGAGCGUGGGGACGGUACGUGAUCUCCUGGGGGUGAAUCUGCCUGAUCUGAAGCUGUUUGAGAAUUCUACAGAGGUUCAGUUCUGGGUGGAUCAGCAGUACAAGGUGGAUCUGGAGACGCUGAAUAUCGGACUGAUCGGAGGAAAAGACCUCGCCGUCUCUACAACCACGGCUACCACCAACACUACCACAGUGACCACCGUAACCAACCAGACAGUCGCUGCUACAGCACAGGGAUCAGCUGUUGUUCAUCGUGGUUCAGGACCGUGGUUCAUCACUCUGUGUGUAGCACUGCUGACCAUCACACUGCAGAUACUACCAUAAUCAUCACACACACACACACACACACACACACACACACACACACACACACUAUACACACACACACACACUAUACACACACACACUAUACACACACACACACUAUACACACACACUAUACACACACACUAUACACACACACACACUAUACACACACACACAUACACACACACACACACACUAUACACACACACACUAUACACACACACACUAUACACACACUAUACACACACACAAACAAAAACAGUGUGCGAGUAUGAUUACUCAUACUGGAUAAUUAUUUUAAUAACUCAUAAUGUAUCUGUUCUUUAAGUAUUAAUACAGAUUUAAAUGCACUGUAAUUAAAAUUAAAAUAAAUUCUACUCAUUACAUAAUUUAAUGAACUACCCUGUUCUCUGUUAAUAAUUGUACAAUCAACACUGGCUACUAAUACUUACACACUUAUAAUCUGUAAUUUGUUAUAUGUGUAUUUAUUUAAUCAUUAUGUUUUUUUUCAAUGUUUGAUGACCAUAAAAGCUCUACUAAUUCUUCAAUUCAUUUAAUUGCUAAUAUUAAAAAUAUGUUUUAAAAAAAACUUUUAUUUCUGAUUGUAAUGCACUUUAUCAUUGAUUAUUACAUCUCAAUAAAAAUUAACAUGCAUCAUAAAAA